UGAGAAUGCAUCUGUUCAAAUGCUUUUAUAUUGGUUAUUUAAUAUAAUAUCCCCAAAUAUCAAUGCUCAAGUUAUAAUUACAUAUAUUUUAGCAAAAAAAAGUAUAUUUUGUAAGUCGGCUAUUGAUGAUUUUAAAAGGUCACGUUUAGAAUCAAUUGGGGAUGAUACAAUUGGAUGGAAUUGUUUAAUUCUUGUUUUACAUACAUUAUUACAAUUAUUAUUAAUUAUAAUUAUUGAUACUGGUUUAUUAAAAUUUUCAUAUUCAUUUUUAUAUAAAUCAAAUUUUGAUGAAAAUACACUUGAUGAUGAUGUUUUAGCUGAACGUUCUCGAAUAUUAGAUUUACAAACAAAUAUAUUUGAUGAUGAUGAUGAACAUAUUGAUUAUUUAACAGUUAAUGAUCUUGUAAAAUAUUAUUCAAGACGAAAAAUUUUAGCUGUAAAUCAUUUAACAUUUGGUGCAAAACGUGGUGAAGCAUUUGGUUUACUUGGUUAUAAUGGCUCUGGAAAAACUACAACAUUUCGUGUUAUAGUUAAUGAUUUAAUAUCAACACAAGGCACAGUUUAUAUAGAUGGACAAAGUGUUCGUCGUCGUAUAAGAUCAAUACGUCAUUUAGGUUAUUGUCCACAAGAAAAUUGUAAUAUGAAUUUUUUAACUGUUCAAGAUAGUCUUUAUCUAUUAGCACGUAUACGUGGUGUAAAAAAUUCACAUAUAAAAAUGAUUGUUGAAACGAUGAGUUCAUUAUUUUUACUUGAUUCAUUUUUAAAUAAUUAUAUUCAUCAAUUAAGUGGCGGAACAAAACGUCGAUUACAUGCUGCAAUAGCAUUAAUUGGACCACCAUUAGUUGCUAUUCUUGAUGAACCAACAACGGGUGUUGAUCCAAAUGCUCGACAACAAAUGCAAGAAAUAUUUUUAAAUGCUGUUAAAGCUAAAUUAACAGUUAUUUUAACUAGUCAUGCAAUGGAUGAAUGUGAACGUGUUUGUAAUCGUCUUGGUAUAAUGGUUCAAGGACAAUUAAUUUGUUUAGGCACAAUUCAACAUUUAAAAUCUAAAUUUGGUCAAGGUUACACAAUUGAAAUAAAAGUUCGUUCAAUAUCUGAUGAUACAAAUAUUACACCAAUUCAUAAUGUUCAAUCAUUUUUAUUAUCACAAAAACAAUAUCAUGUUGAAAUAAAAGAAACAACAAAUUCAACUGGUUUAUUUCAAAUAUCACAAACUACACCUGCUGAAUUAUUUCAAUUAAUUGAAGAAAAUAAACAACGAUUAAAUAUUGAAACAUACACGAUUUCACAAACAACACUUGAACAAAUAUUUUUAUCAUU